AUGGUGAGGGUUGAGCUAUCGCCAGGUUGCCCAAACCUAGAUGGGAGCAGUCAAGAUGCCGAGGUGGGGUCUCCAGCAAUGGAUGGAUUUUGCAAAAAAACCGAAGCAACUUCUUUCACUCAUCGAGCACACGUCCCGUCUACACUCUUCCUCAUGAAAUCCAUCAUUGCGGUCUCCCUUCAUGCGCAGUUGUCUUGCCGCUUUUCGGGCAUAAUGCCUCCUUUUUUGCCGGCCACCUUCAAAUGUCAACGACCUGAAAAUGGUAUUGGGCUUAACAUGCUCCGCAAGUGGAAAGAGCAGUAG